UUGGAAGUCUAAAUUUAAGUCGUCCAUCCUGUGUACGGUUAAGUACUUAAGUUAAACACAGAUUAAUGAUAUGAGCAAAGCUUAUGAAUUAUGAUGAUAUGAGACCAAUAAUAAAGCCCAUAAGAUUAAUUCCAAUAUAAUUAGAUGGCUAUAAAUAGAUGGAUCUUGAUUGAUGAAUGGCAUAGCAAUACCAUUCCGCAGUUUAAGUAAAAAAGCCAUAUACAUAUACACUUAGCUUGUUGUUGCACAAUAAUAAUCAAUGGGGUAUUAUUCUAUUAGAGUGGUGGUGUGUGUGCAUAUGUCUAUGUUAUUCCACCUUUUGGCAUGUUUGUCUUCUCAGUCAUGUCAUUCAGAGGAGAGCUCUGCAUUGCUUCACUUCAAAACCGAAGUCUUUGCUAGUACUACCUUUCAUGAGGAUGGUGAUUAUUAUGCUUAUUUCUGCCUCCAUUAUCCAAAGAUGAGGACAUGGGAUAAUGGGACGGAUUGCUGCUCAUGGAUGGGGGUCACGUGCCACUCUGUGUCUGGUCACGUGAUUGGCCUCGAUCUCACUUGCAGUGGACUUGCAGGUAAUAUUCAUCCCAACAGCACUCUUUUUUAUCUUACUCAUCUCCAAACACUUACUCUUGCUCAGAAUGAUAUUUAUGGGUCUGAAUUGCCAUCUCUAUUUGGUAGAUUUGUGAGUCUCACACACUUGAAUUUAGCUCAUUGUGGGCUUGGAGGUGAAAUUCCUUCUCAAAUCUCACACCUUUCCAAAUUACAAUCACUUGAUCUCUCAUCUAAUGUUGAUUUAAUGUGGGAAGAAACUACUUGGAAGAGGUUCCUGCAAAACACAACAUCUUUGAGAGAGAUUGUAUUGGAUGAUACAGACAUGUCUUCAAUACCAAGUUCUUUAUCUUUGAUUGCCAACAUGUCUUCCUCUUUGAUUACUACUCUUAGUUUUCAUGAUACUGGAAUAAGGGGACACUUGAGUCAGAUUCUCUGUUUAUCCAAUCUUCAAAAGCUCAAUCUAGGUGGCGAUAAUCCAGACUUGCAAAUCCAUGUUCCAAAGUUGAAUUGUACCCCUGCUCUUAGUAUGUUGGAUCUCUCAGGAUAUCAUUUCCAAGGGCCUAUCCCUUCAUCGUUCUCUAACCUAACAUAUCUCACUUCCUUGAUUUGGCAGGACGGUAGCUUAAAAGGUUCAAUCCCGUCAUCACUUUUAAACCUUCAGCAUCUCACUCACCUGGAUCUGUUAUCGAAUGAACUCAAGGGUUCAAUCCCGUCAUCACUUUUAAACCUUCAGCAUCUCACUCACCUGGAUCUUUCAGGGAAUAAGCUUAGUGGUCAAAUUCCAAAUGUGUUUGAUAGGCUAACCAAUUUGCAAUCCCUUCGCCUUUCGUAUAAUCAUUUCCAAAGGAAGUUGCCAUCCUCAUUAUUUGCCUUAACUCAACUCUCUUCCUUGGAUUGUUCUAACAAUAAAAUUGAGGGACCACUACCCGACAAAGUAGCCUUUUUAAAUCUGACUACACUAGACCUAAGAGGCAACUUAUUAAAUGGGACAAUCCCUCAGUGGGUCUUAUCCCUCAAGUCUUUGGGAUACUUAGAUCUAUCAAAUAACAGAUUCAGAGGGCACAUAAGUGCAAUCACAUCUUUUUCCUUGGAGUAUCUAGACUUGUGCAACAAUGAGCUCCAAGGAAACAUUCCAGAAUCGAUUUUCCAUCUUCUCAACCUUACUCAUUUGUGCUUGUCAUCACCACAUAACUGGAGUGGUACUGUCCACUUUUCACUCUUCUCUGAGCUCCAAAAUUUGGAGUAUCUUUCUCUUUCAGGUUGCAGUUCGUUGUUGCUAAAACAUGAAACUAGUGUUGAUUACACUUUCUCCAGUUUGGCUGCUCUACAGUUGCUUUCCAACAAUAUAAUUGGUUGGUCAAAGUUCUCAGGAAGAUUUCCGAGUUUGACUUAUCUUGAAUUAUUCAAUAAUGAACUUGAAGGGAAAGUACCCAAAUGGGUACAUGAUAUAGAUUCGUUAACUUAUUUGAAUCUCUCACAUAACUCGUUGACAUCAAUGGGCCAAUUCUCAUGGUAUCAACUUGAAUUCCUUGAUCUUAGUUUCAACUUGAUGGCUGAUGACAUCUCUUCCUUCUUUUGUAAUGCAACCUCUCUGGAAGUUAUCAACUUGUCCUACAACAAAUUCACAGGAACAUUUCCACAAUGUUUGGCCAAUAAGUCAUCCCUUUCGGUUUUGGAUCUACAAAUGAACAAACUUUAUGGGGCUUUGCCAGAUACUUUUAAGCAUGGUCAAUUUGCCACACUGAAUAUUAAUGGCAACCAAUUCACAGGUUUAUUACCGAAAUCUUUGUCCAAUUCCAUAGAUCUUGUGGAUUUAAAUCUCGGUAAUAAUCAAUUUGAAGAUACGUUUCCCCAUUGGCUCCAAAAUCUAUCAAGGUUGGAAAUACUGGUCUUACGAGCCAAUAAGUUUUACGGUCCCAUUGCCAAUUUGAAAUCUAAAAUGAUAUUUCCAAGUUUGAUGAUUUUUGACAUAUCAAACAAUAACUUUAGUGGCUCAUUACCAAAAGCAUACAUAAAAAAUUUUCAAGCCAUGAAGAUUCUUGAUGAAGAGAAAAGCAGUUUGAAUUAUUAUGUUCAAAGUGGUCAGUUCAGUUAUGAAAAUGCAGGAAUUAUUCCAGAAUAUGAUGAUUCUAUAACCCCAAUUAUUAAAGGAAAGAGAACCCCUUUUGUAAAAAUUCCAGAAGUCUUCGCCAUCAUUGAUUUGUCAGAAAAUAAAUUUGAAGGAGAGAUUCCAGAUGUUAUUGGAGAGCUUCAGGUACUCAAAGGCCUCAACCUUUCACAUAACAGCCUUGUUGGUCAUAUUCCCCAAUCCUUGGGAAAUUUGACAAAUCUGGAAUCAUUGGAUCUCUCCUCAAAUAUGCUUAUCGGGGAUAUUCCUAAUGAAUUGACAAAUAUGAACUUUCUUGAAGUCUUGAAUCUUUCCCAAAACCAGUUGGUGGGACCAAUACCCAGAGGAAAACAGUUUAAUACAUUUUCAAACGAUUCCUAUGAGGGAAACAUGGGGCUAUGUGGAUGGCCAUUGUCAGUUGAAUGCAACAACAAUGUCCCUUCGCAACAAUAUCCACCGUUUGAGGCUGAUGAAGACAAAUUUGGGUUUGGUUGGAAACCAGUGGCAAUAGGAUAUGCAUGUGGCAUGGUGCUUGGAAUUGGCUUGGGAUAUUGUGUUUUCUCAAUUGGAAAGCCUCAAUGGCUUGUGAUCAUCUUUGGAGGCAAAAGAAUCAAAAGAAGGAGCCGCGGAAAUCGGCGUGCAAGAACAACUUAAUGGCCACAACUUCUUGUUCUUGGGGCCACUCUCAAGUUCAUUGUUGCAUGGGAAAUGUGUUUCAGAUGUUGGUUACUGCUGUUGUCUCUUUUUAUAUUUUUUCUUGUUUUGGGAUUGUAAUUUUCUUUUGUUUUUUUUUUUUAAAUGUCUGCAAGUCUUGUUUUAUAAUUUGUAAGUGUGUUGCUACAUACAUAUGAUGAUGUUGCAAGUAAA